UUAGGUACUGUUUUGUUUGUUUUGGUUUUGGUUUUUGAUUGCCUGAUUGGUCUGGUGAAGUUUAUUUUAUAUUAUUUUUAUUGGUAUGAUUAAGAAAUUUAAUAUUGAAGUGAAUUAAUCGUGACUCACCGAACCAACUUACUCUGGUAGCCUGGUACGAUUGAUUGAUCCCAAUCCCAAAACAUCAUAACAAAUCAUUUUAUGGGUUAUCAUAUCAAUAUCAACCUUUACAAAAAUGGUAGAAGUGGGUUAUUUAAUAGUUACAAUACCUAAGUUCCGAUGGAGGUUGACCAUCGUCAAGAAUUUGAAAUGGAUGAAGUACCAUCUGGCGUGUACGAUAUAUUUCAUCCGACUCCUAUAUCCCUCAAAGAACUAUCAGCGAUCGCGAUUAGCCUCGAAAUAUGGCGUGGUAGAUUACACGAAUAUCGUCAGAGCGGUAAAUUGAAUAGUGAGUUUCUUCCACACAAAGAACGUUUCUCAUUGAAAUCCAUGCUCCCGGAUUUACCAUCUGCGAUUUAUAAUACUAUCGAAGAAUAUCUCUCAGUAUUUGGAUAUUCAUUGGGACAUUGGAUGUCCUAUCACUUCGAAGAUGUCCUUCUGUACCGUUACAAACACAAGAACCAUAUUUUGGAACACUUCGACAAUUUUGUAUGUGAGUACGAUGGAAAUAUCGAUUAUGUAAGGACUGCGAAACGUUUGAUGUGUUGUGAUCGAUAUAGUGAGGUUGAAAAGUUCAUUAUCGCUUGCACGUAUUUUUUCGAAGACGAUAUCCGACGAAUUUGGCCAUCAGUAUCUAGCAAGAUAGAUUUGACUGAAACAAGAUUCCGGUCGCCGUCGGUAGGGCCGGAAAGAACUAUGUAUUUGGAUGCUCUCGAUUAUGACCACUGCCCACUACUCGUAUAUUACUGGAUUUGCCGUCUUACAAAUCAGUUGCAGAAGAUACCAACCGUGCAGAACACUACUAUCGAUGAAACGAUGUUUGACGCAUGCAUUCCUCAUAUUAGACCUGCGGUGGUGUAUUUUUGGAAUCGUAUACCAUCGGAAAAACGACUGGAGAAAGCCGAAGAGGUUUUUGGAUACAGUACCGAAUCAUUUGCUAGAUUCAUUUUACCAAUAAUGGACGAUCAACUGCUCGAUAAAUUUGCUGGAGGAUCUGGCGGUUUUGUGAUACGUAACUUAUUGAACAACUUUCCCCGUGCUAAAAGGUUAGUUCUAGGAACUUGGUUGUACAUUAGAAACAUUAUCGGUGAAAUCAGUUUUGUAUUUCUUGUCUUGCAAAUGUUACAAAUCGGCAGUCAAUACUAUCAGCGUGUAAAUAGCGAGUUUUUUUUUCGUGAAUUAUGGAACAUUGUUCCUCUUCAUUUAAAACGAUCGCUGAUUAGAAAUAUUUCAUCGAGCAUGUUGGAAGAUCUGGCUGUUGGUGAUGAUGAUCAUCAUUGUGGCCAUGCUGAUUGCCUUGAAGAUGGUGAUGGUGAUACACUUCGUAUACGCGCCGAUUUCCUAUUGAUUAUUCUAGAGUAUGCAACCCUCGAAGAGAGAACCGCUUUCUGGCGUAAUUGCUGGAAUCAUUUGAUUACACUCAUUCGAAGUGACGAUUUGCAACAUUUGCAACGAAUAAUCAAACUGUGUAUCGAAGACGAUGAUGAAAUUUCUCGAUUCAAGCGAAACGUUUUGGCUGAAAGCGAUCUUGUACAAAAGCGAUGUGUUUCGUAUUUGACGAAUGCUGAUUUCGACAUCUUGAAUACGUUUGUGAGUUUUUGUUUUCCCGAAUUGCUAACAGCGAGAACUUUCAAACAGCAAUUGCUGCAGUUAGCUUUUCUAGGUGAAAACUGCCCAUUCAAUUCGAGGAUUGUUCGCGGCCUUGACGUAUUCAACGAGUUCAUCGAUGAAGCUUAUCAAGAUGCUGAUUCGUCUACUGAUUUUAAAAACAAAUUCGUGUCAUCGCCAUCGAAUCAGUUACGACUUUGCGAGCUCACUUGCUCGGGAGAAGUUUCUUUAAAAGAGCUUGUCAAGUUUAUUCACUCGCUUGGUUCAACGGAACAAACCGUAUCGCAGAUCAAAGUGCGUAUGAGGGACUAUUUGGAAAAACAGUUUGGAAGAACUAGAAGUUGUAACCGUAUUAAACUGAUGGGGUCUCGUUAUUUGCCAAUUUCAUCGUGGUGUUCUGAGCAAACUGAAGAAUCCGAAGCAACUUCAUCCGUCAACCCCAAGAAAAGGAAGAAGAAGUGAAUAUCGAUUUCAAAUGGUGAAAUUUUACGAAUAAAUUUGCUCGAAAAUGAUAUUAUGGAAACAAAUCACGAUGAAAUCUUCUAAAUUGUACUAAACUGUUCCAAAAAUACGCCCAAAUUACCUGCUGUGAUUUUAGAAAAGACUUUACAAUUUUCAUUUGUUAUAUAUAGGUACAAUUAAUUUGCAAAUUUAUUGCUGCUCGAAUUUGUACCGAGAUAAAUCUUUAGAAAUACUUACCAAUUGAUAAAAUUUUUUCGUAAAGUUGGUGUUGUGAUUUUUGAAAGAUUUUCCAAGUAAUUAGAUAUGUGUGUAAUUUGCUCGCAUCGAAAGGGACCAUUCAAAUGGAGAAACAUGCAUUUUUGAAAAUAUUCAAAAAAAACUUGUGGAAAAAUUUUGGAAUAAUUUAUCUAAAUUAUUUAAAUCAUCGUUUUUUUUUUUCAUU